AUGAAGCAACUUCCCUGGGAGGGACUAAUAACUCUUGAUCUUCGUUACAAUUUACUUCACGGACCACUUCCCAUUCCACCUCCCUUCAUACAAAUCUUUUUCAUCUCAAACAACAAUCUUAGUAGACAAAUUCCUUCCUUAAUUUGCAAUGCGAGUUCCCUUCGGAUUCUUGAUUUGUCUCACAACAAAUUGAGUGGUGCGGUUCCACAAUGUUUGGAAAAUUUUAGUAGUGUUCUCUUGGUGUUGAAUCUGCGUUCCAAUGGAUUUACGGGGACCCUUCCCUUGGCAUUUGCAAAGGCAAACCAAUUACGAAGUCUUGAUUUGAGUGGAAAUCAACUUGAAGGCCCACUGCCAAGAUCAUUAGCAGAUUGUACAAGCUUGGAAGUUCUAAACGUUGGAAACAACAAGAUUAACGACACAUUUCCAUAUUGGUUGGAGACUCUUCUUGAGUUGCAAGUUCUUGUCGUACGAUCCAACCGAUUUCAUGGUCCCAUAAACACUUCAAAGAGUAAAUUUCCCUUUCCUAAGCUUCGAAUCGUUGACUUGUCCUACAAUGAGUUCAAUGGCCAUUUGCCAGUGACAUAUUUCGAAUAUUUCCAAGCUGUGAAGAACAAAAAUAUGCCGGGGAAAAACUACAUGAGUGAUGUGAAUAGUUAUUAUUACGACUCUAUCAUCGUGACAAUAAAGGGGCUUGAGAGAGAACUACUAAGAAUUUUUACUAUCUUCACAACAAUCGAUUUUUCAUCGAACAAUUUCAGUGGAGAGAUUCCAAAUGUCAUUGGAAAGCUCAAUUCUCUCAUAGUGCUUACUUUUUCUCAUGAUAGUCUCACUGGCCAUAUUCCAUCGUCUUUGGGAGAUUUGGAAAGCCUUGAAUCAUUAGACAUUUCCUCUAACCAGCUCACCGGAAGAAUUCCAAGCCAAUUAACAAGUUUGCCGUUUCUUGCAUUCUUGAAUCUUUCGUGGAACCGUCUCCAUGGACCCAUACUCCGGGGUUAUGGGUGUGGAAUGACACUUGGACUCUUUCUGGGAUCUCUGAUGUUCUUAAUUGGUAGACCUAAAUUCUUUGUAAGACUUGCUGAAAGAGAAAAGCCUAAAAAGGUGAUAAGAUUGAGGAGAAUGGUUACAGACAUAGUGGCAAGAAGAAAGUGCUAUGUCAAUAAGAUAUCGGCGUCUAAUGCAUCUAAAUUGUGCUAUGUGGGUUGUUUCACAUCAAGCAUGGAUCACGCCUGCACUAGUACUUCCUUGGGCCAUAUUCUGGGGUUCGGGUGGAGGGUAAAAACAAAUUCUUCAUCAGGGAUCGAUCGAGAAAUAGACAGGGAUGUUAGUGUUUGGGGGAAAUCGAAGCCGGCGGAGAGCAAUGGAACCGAGGCGGUUAGUGCGAAAAUUAUGUUCUACUCCAGGGCGGCGCCGGACAAGAUGGAAGAUGCUAUCUUUAGGGAAGGUAUGGAGGAGGAGAAACCACUUCCGGCAAUGGAGGUGGCUACCGAGGAGGUCGAUGAUGAUGUUUAUCUAUACUACUUCUUUUAA